UCGAUCAAUCGGACGAUCAAACCUUAUCCGAGAACCAAAGGGCGCCGCGUGGCAGAAAGCGAGCCGGAAGUGGGCUAGUCCAUAAAAGGUAGAAACACGUCGGCGGUCGCUCCUCCUCCUCUUUAUUUCCCGCUUCUGAAGCCAAUCACUCCCACUUAUCCUCUCGCCCUUUUCCACAUCGACGGAAUCGAAACUUCUGCUCGUCGUCUUUCUUUCCUUCCUUCCUUCUUCUUCUUUUCGUUGAUGCGGUCGAUUUCUUCUUUGGUCUCGGUACCUUUUACCUAGAUCUCUUGCGUGGCACCUGGUUUGGGAUUUCCGCCCACUGUUUGAGAGCUCGAAUCGGGUCGGAAUGGCGAUGGGAACUCUGGUCUCCGGCAGAGGAUUCGCCUCCCCUUUAAUACCAGGAAAAGUGUAUCAAGCAGAGUGUACUAGUGCACAUGAUAAAAAGAUUCAUUUCAAGUUUCGUGGCGAACGAGCUGCAUGGGUUGGAAAUUUUGUCUUGUUCAUCCGAAGAGAAAGUUAUCAUUUGUCUAGGCCUAUCUUGUUCCCUGUUUCUUCUACUAGUACUUCAGACAAAAACGCCAUGAUGAAGAGAAACACUUGCCUUGGAGAAUUGGAACACCCCCAAGAAAGAUUCUUAGGGAAUUGUUCAAGUCUAAGCCCAAGCACUAUCAAUCUCAAACAGAGAUCUCCUGCGAGAACAAAUUGCUUUCUUUCUUCAGAUGGUUUCCCCAGGCCGCAGAGGAGAAAAUUGGAUAGUUCUGGAAUUUCAGAUGUUCCUCAUGAUCAAACUGUGUAUCAUUUGCCAAUUAGAACACGUGCAAACUUUAAAUCUGAGCAGUAUGAAGUACCAGAAACACAGCUUGAUUCAUUAAAUUCUUCAGAAAUGCCCAGUGAAGCGGUUUUGAUUGGUGCAAAUGCGACAGAAGUGUCUCCUUGGUGGGAGCAGUUUCCUAAGCGAUGGUUGAUUGUGCUAUUAUGCUUCUUUUCAUUUCUACUUUGUAAUAUGGACCGAGUAAAUAUGAGCAUUGCUAUCCUUCCAAUGGCAGCAGAAUUUAAUUGGAAUCCAGCAACUAUGGGCCUAAUUCAGUCAUCUUUUUUCUGGGGCUAUCUACUCACCCAGAUUGUUGGAGGUAUCUGGGCAGAUAAGAUUGGCGGUAAACUGGUAUUGGGCUUUGGUGUUGUCUGGUGGUCAAUAGCAACAAUUCUUACUCCAAUUGCUGCUAAGAUUGGACUCCCAUUUUUACUAGUUAUGCGUGCUUUUAUGGGGAUUGGUGAGGGUGUCGCUAUGCCUGCUAUGAAUAAUAUACUCUCCAAAUGGAUCCCUGUAUCUGAGAGAAGCAGAUCCCUUGCACUGGUAUACAGUGGAAUGUAUCUUGGCUCUGUCACUGGCUUGGCUUUUUCACCGAUUUUAAUUCACAAAUUUGGCUGGCCUUCAGUUUUCUAUGCAUUUGGAUCCCUUGGAAGUGUUUGGUUUGCACUGUGGCAAAGCAAAGCGUAUAGCUCUCCAAAAGAAGAUCCAGCACUUAGUGCAGAAGAAAAGAAGCUUAUUCUAGGGGGAAGUGUAUCGAAGGAGCCUGUUACUUCCAUUCCAUGGAGAUUAAUCCUGUCAAAGGCGCCAGUCUGGGCUCUGAUAAUAUCCCAUUUCUGUCAUAACUGGGGCACCUUUAUUCUCUUAACCUGGAUGCCUACAUACUAUAAUCAGGUGUUGAAAUUUAAUCUCACAGAAUCUGGUCUCUUCUGUGUCUUGCCAUGGUUAACCAUGGCUGUGUUUGCAAAUAUAGGAGGAUGGAUUGCAGAUACUCUUGUGGCCAAAGGACUUUCUAUAACCACUGUCCGUAAAAUAAUGCAGUCAAUUGGCUUUCUUGGGCCUGCUUUCUUUCUCACACAGUUGAGCCAUGUGCGCACUCCAGCCUUAGCUGUGCUAUGCAUGGCAUGCAGUCAGGGUAGUGAUGCCUUUUCCCAGUCCGGUCUAUAUUCCAAUCACCAAGACAUUGGGCCACGUUAUGCGGGAGUUUUGUUGGGACUAUCAAACACAGCAGGAGUUCUUGCAGGAGUUUUUGGUACUGCUGUAACUGGAUUCAUCCUACAACGAGGUUCUUGGGAUGAUGUUUUCAAGGUAUCUGUCGUCUUGUACAUUAUUGGCACCCUGGUUUGGAACAUCUUUUCCACCGGCGAGAAAAUUCUCGACUAAAAACAAAGACAACCAGAAGAUGAUUCAGCUACUAUCGAUACAAAGAAAGUGAUUCGGUGAAGGUAUAGAGAUUAGAAGCAAAUGCAUCAUUAUUUGAGAAGCCCAAAGCAAAUGUACCAUUCUCUUAAGGCUACUACUGACAGUACUCCAAAGAUGUAGCCACAAGAGCCAUUUUUAGCCUGUCAAACAGCAUCAUGCACUGGUUACUACUACAUGGCCCCAAUUGGCACAUUAACGCCCAGUAACAUCAUCAUUGUAACCAAGAAGCUUUAUGAUCUUGGAGCUGUCUUUGGGUUCUUUAUUCAAUCUCUCUCUGUGUCUGACAGAAAGAGGAGAAAAGAACAGCAGGAAAGGCUUUAUGUCUUUGCCUUUCUCCUUUGGCUCCUUGCAUAGGUGUUCAAUACAAGUCAUAGAUAUCUAUUUAUGGCAUUUAGAGGGGUAAGCCAAUCAUCUA